GGAAGCAUGAAAAAUCUCAAUCACAGCCAACUCUGUGUUGGUAAAAUUAAACGCUCAUAAUAUAUCAUUUCACCUUCCCUUUCCAUCGCCCAAUAAUCAAUGCCCUUCCAUUUCCUCUGUUUCUUUCCUUCGCACCCAAUCAAUGGCGUCGGUUCUCCAUGCAGAUCGUCUCCUACAAAAGCCCCUCUGCCACACAGAUCCCUUUACAGCCAUAGCCAUAUGGAGGAGAAGCCCUCCAGAACCACUUGCUCCACCGAUCUCUGCUUCGCCAUUUUCACUUCCUUCGCCCUAAUCUGGAUUUUUCUCUGUUUUGAUUACUCCACUUUCCGUUCCUCCGACAAUGGCGUCCUCAUCGCUUCCUCUGUCUUCUCCACCAACAAAUUACCCCUCCAGAAUCCUUGCUCUGGCCGCUACUUGUUCAUCCACAACAUUCCGAGUCGAUUUAAUCUCGAUUUGAUUAGAGACUGCCAAUCUCUUACCAGAGGAACCGAUAAGUCCGAUAUGUGUCCGUAUUUCCAGAACUCUGGCCUCGGGCAUGAAAUCGAAGAUUCUCGAGGAGUUUUCUUCAACUAUAGUUUGUUCAAGACGAAUCAGUUUCUGUUGGAGGUCAUUUUCCACAACAGAAUCAAACAGUACGAAUGCUUGACGAACGAUUCGGCUAUGGCGUCAGGUAUUUAUGUUCCGUUUUACGCUGGCCUCGAUAUCAGCCGCCACCUAUGGAAUCCGAAUAUCUCGGCUAGGGAUUCUUCCGCUAGGGAUUUUGUUGGUUUGAUUUCUGAAAAACCUGAGUGGAAGAGGAUGUUUGGGAGGGAUCAUUUCUUCGUUUCUGGAAGAAUUUCUUGGGAUUUCAGAAGGAAAACGGAUGAAGGUUCUGAUUGGGGGAGUACACUCAGAUUCUUGCCUGAAUCUCACAAUAUGACGAUGCUCUCUAUUGAAGCGAGUUCGUGGAAAAACGACUUUGCGAUUCCGUAUCCGACUUAUUUUCAUCCAUCCAAACGGAGCGAAGUUGUUGAAUGGCAGAAUCUCGUGAGAGCUAGACGGCGCCCUCACUUAUUCACCUUCGUCGGCGCUCCACGGCCGGACCUCAUACACUCCAUUCGAGGUAUGGUAAUCGAGCAAUGUCGAGGUUCAUCACUCUGUAAAUUCAUGGAUUGCAGUUCCAAUGGUGUUAACUGUGAUGAUCCUAUCACCACCAUGAAAGCAUUUCAGAGCUCGACCUUCUGCUUGCAGCCUCCAGGAGAUUCAUACACCAGAAGAUCAAUAUUCGAUUCGAUUUUAGGUGGAUGCAUUCCAGUUUUCUUCAAUCCAGGUACUGCAUAUUCCCAAUAUUUAUGGCAUUUUCCUGAGAACCGAACAUCAUAUUCUGUGUAUAUACCUGUGAGGGAUGCGAGCAACUGGAGUGGGAGUAUUGAGGGGAGUUUGAAAGGGAUUUCGAAAGAGAGGGAAUCCGCCAUGAGAGAAGAGGUCAUAAGAAUGAUUCCAAGAAUAGUUUAUGCAGACCCCAGAUCGAGUUCGUGGGAUUUUGAGGAUGCAUUUGAUUUAGCCAUUAAAGGAAUUCUUGAAAGAGUUGAAGAUGUUCGAAGGAAGAUUAGGGAGGGGAGAGAUCCUGGUGAAGGAUUUGAUGAUCCUGAUGACUUUAAGUAUACAUUUUCCAGUAUAGACUGAGAAAAAUGUUGGAGAUUUGAAUGAAAAACAAUGGAAAUGAAGAUUUGGGAGUGAAAAUAGGAUCAAACCCGUCGAUUCAUUUGGGAUAGUGCUCCACAAAUUAAGAUCUGUGUUCAUAUUU